AACAGGUUCGGGGAGAAGAGAGGGAAGGGAAUAGCACUGAGAGACAGAGCAGGACGAAGACAACAGCAGAGCAAUUUGUACAGAACGGUAAAGAAUGAGGAUAGGUUAGACUCCUGAACACAGCCAGUGAUGGGUAGACUAUCAAGAGGCAAGAGUCCUGGAUUCUAUUAUUUGCUGAUGUCUGGAAUAACAGGAUCAGUCUUUGAGACAGUCAUGCUCUGAAGGCCCUCAGCAGCAAGGCUGCACACAACAGCCAAGGCACACACAGAAGCACAGGGGCGGAGGCUGGGAAACAGGGCCUGAGGAUUUAGACACUAAUCAAAGACAGCAUGAGAACAUCCAAGAAGGGAAGCGUGGAAAUGCCAGCUUUUGUCCGGCAGCUGGUGAAGGAGACAGAGAAACGGGUCACCUCGUUUUUUAAAGGGGGGCGGGGGGGAGGCGGGGGUGAGCCGGCUGAAGGUGAGGAGGCUGGAGAAGAGGAGGGGGUCAUCCCUAGUCCUUACCUCGAACGCCCUGUGCUGGACAAGUAUUUUGAAGAGGGCUGUGCCUCCUGGGGCCUCACCUAUGCUCUGGGCAGCAUGCAGGGCUGGAGGGCCCACAUGGAGGACUUCCAUAACUGCUUCCCCCAGCUGGGUGGAGAGCUCUCUCACUGGGGCUUCUUUGCAGUGUAUGAUGGUCAUGCUGGCAGCACAGUGGCUGAACACUGCUCACGAAACCUGCUGGAGCACAUACUAGGUACAGGUAAGAUCCGGGCAGAGGAAGAUGUGGAGCAGGUAACUGAAGGCAUAAGGGAAGGCUUCUUCCUCAUGGACAAACACCUCCAUGCAAUGGCCUGCCGUGAGGGUUGGGAGCGCGGUGGCACCACUGUGGUCUCCACUGUGAUAACGCCACACCACAUCUACUUUGCAAACUGCGGAGAUUCACGGGCAGUUCUGUGCCGUGCCGGGCGUGUGGCCUUUUCGACAGAAGACCACAAGCCAUUCAGCCCUGGAGAGAAGGAGCGCAUUGAGAAUGCUGGUGGCUCAGUCACUUUGCAGCGUGUUAAUGGCUCCCUGGCUGUCUCCAGAGCUCUUGGCGACUUCAGCUACAAGUCGGUCGAGUGGCGCCCCGCUACUGAGCAGAUGGUUUCUCCAGAGCCAGAGAUCUCAGCCGUGGAGCGCUCACCGGCGGACGAGUUCAUAGUUCUGGCAUGUGAUGGUGUUUGGGACACAGUCAGCAACGAGGAGCUCUGUGCAUUUGUACGUAGCCGACUGCGAGUGUGUACAGACCUGCGAGACGUCUGCUCCCAGGUCAUCGACCUUUGCCUCUAUAAGGGAAGUCUUGACAAUAUCAGCAUCAUAGUGGUGUGUUUCCCUGGCGCCCCCCAGCUUUCUCCCGAGGCACUGCACCAGGAGGCAGAGUUAGAGGACUACUUGGAGUCAAAAGUUGCUGAAAUCUUCGAGGAACUGAGUGGAAGAGGAGACGAGCCUGAUCUCUUGUCAGUUCUUACUGUUCUGGCUUCAGCGGAGAUCCCUGGGCUACCACCAGGGGGUGGCCUCCAGAGCAAACGAAACUGUAUCAUCUCUGCUUACUAUCAGCAAAAGGAGGCCCGUAAAGCUAGAUUAGCCCAGGAACUUGGUUCUGCAGAUUCAACUUAGACUCAUCUCCUAAACCCUUACUAUAGAUGGACUGACACCUAUUCGUUGUGUCGUCUGAAAAAAUCUUUCUAUUAUGAGUAAGAAAUGGUUUUAUCUGAUUGCAGUCAACAACCUUUGCAUUGCUUUCUUAUUUUUGGGGGUGGGGGAAUCUCUCAGUUAGAGGUAGCUAGAAGGAUUAUUCCAAACCACUCACUUCUCAUGAUAACUAAUGAAUGUAAUGUAUAUGUACUUAGGUUUCUGACAUAUUUCCAGGAUGAUUUCCUAUAUAUGAUAAAUAUAUUCAAUGUAAAAAUGGCAACACUCAGGUAAUUUGUAAAAACUUUAAAACAAAGACUUUUGGAGUUUUAAAGAAAUAUACUGAUGUUAAAUUGAGUUUUUUGUAGCAUUGAGUCUCACUGAGCUGGUCAGAAUGACAACGUGAUGUUCCUGAUUAGCCAUGUUCUGCAUGUGAACGCUGUACAAAUAUCAGAUGCAGCCACAUACAGUGAGUUCUGUGAGAUUUCCGAACAUACAGACCCACAUCACAGACACUCAUGAAGAUCUUCAAAUGUCUUUUCCUAUAAUUUGAUCUGAUGUUUGCAUGAUCUAUAUUGUACUGCCUUACUGACCACUUAUAAUACCAAUUAGAUGGACAGCGUUAAUAUUAUUAAUACAUUUCCUAGUGUCUAUUCAACUAAUUUAAUUCAUUACUGUAUAAUGUUAUGUGAAAUGACCUUUGUGCAUAUUUUACACAUCUUGUAUAUGGACAACGUUUGUGGUAAUGUAAAGGUCAAAUCCUCAAAAAUAAAGGAAUAAAACACAA